GGACGAAAUGGCAACCGACGAGUUAGGAGUGUUUUGCCUUGCGUUUCUCCGCCGUGAUGAAGGAGAAACAGCUGAAGCAGGUGAAGGCGCGCUGUUUCGGGUGCGGAAGGUGAAUACCAACAACAACAGGAGUGGAGGGAAGGGAAGGUAUAGCGAUGGCUAUGGCUACAACAAGGAUUCUCUAUACGACGACGGCUCAUUUGAAUCGGGCGGUGUCUCUCCGGAGGGGGCGCACGUCUCCAUGUCCUUCCCCGACAUGCAGCAGCAGAUCAACAAACUGAUGCCAGACGCCGAAGACUUGCGCCUUGCCCUUGCAAGCUAUCAUGUCGAGGGAACCAUACAAACAGUCUACGACUGCCCUGUCACGCUCACGCCAUCUCACGAGAACGACGCCGAAGUAGACGCCGAGCUCCUCGAUCCAUCAAAUCUGGACAGCACCACACCGCAGCCCCCGCUACUAACAGCCAUCCCCUUACCACUAUCCUGGCAAAUGCUCAUCGAGAGAGAACCACCACCUCCCUCAUCAGGACCCGGUCAUCAGACACUCGCCACCCGCCCUCCUCUCGCUGAUGUUACUCUCCCCCCAACACUAACGACACACUUCCUCUUGACAGCCCUAGACGGCCUCCUCGCUUCAGGCUGCGUCGGCUUCACCCUCGGAAUCCUAGGAACUUCGUUCCCCUUCUUACCCAUGAUCGCCAACGCCGCGUUGAUUGGAAAACUCGGAUUACACUGCGUUUUCGUCAUUUGCAUGUUCUGGAUUGACGCUUUUACCGAUGACGACGACGACGAGGUUGACGAAUCAAGCCGUGGAAGGCGCUGGGCAAACAGAUGGAAAAAAGGCACCGAUGCCCAAAAAGGCGGGAUAUGGCAAGCCACCAACGGUCAACUACAUGGUCUGAACCUCAGCAUUGGAGGAGCAAUCUGGGAUGUUUUGCAUAUCGCCAUGGUGGUUUUGUACACGGUCGCCUUGGUCCUGCCAAUUGAUGGACGCAAGAGAAGGCCGCGGGACUUGGACAAGGCGCUCAUCGGAUGGAGUGUUCUGGGCCAUUUGUUUAGCAUGAUGGUCAAGCUGGUGGUGAGGGAGUACGUCUUGGGUCCGCUGUUAUUGGACAGGUAUCUGGCGAGUUUCGAGGACGACUCUGCUACAGCCCAUAGUCAGCCCCGUCAGUCGUUCCAGUGGAAUGAAAAGGGGGCGUUGAUGGUUGAGGUAAGGCAGGUCUCGGAGGUAUCGCAUGUCCAGAAUGGGAGUGAAAAUGGAUAUGACGUGAGGGAUCACCUUCCAUCUCACGGACAUAGACAAGGACAAGGACAAGGACAGGAAGAGGAUGACUUGAUGGUUUAUGAGGAAUGGGAUCGUGCGAGAGGUCAGGAACGGCCACGGAAGAAGGAACAUGAAGGCAACGACGACGGACAGGAGAAAAGCAGUCGCCGGCGUAACCGGUUGUUUGGAGGGAUGUUGAGGAGGAGUAAAGCUUUGAGAUGGAAGUCGACGAAGAGACAAUCUCCGCCGUCGGAAGAUAGUGACAAUAUCAGUAACGUGGCGGUGGUGGGACAAGGGGAUGAUGAUCAGCAUGAUGCGAAUUGGGGGCAUUCGGAGGUUUGUUUACUUGCGGAGUUGGAGGGGUGAGGAUGGGUUGCUCCGCGCAAGAUGGUAUGGUAGAUAACUGUGUCUCUAGAGAUACUUGAGAAGUAAGGAGUCAUUGAACUCGUCAAUGUGAAAUCGUGAAGAUGAGUUGUCGCCAAAAUGAAACAGACAUCUGCUGGGGUGAAAUGUGCUGGAGGGAAACAGCUGUGAGG